GAUUGUGACGUCACAACUAAUCCUUCGCGAUCGCAAACUUUUGUAAAGCACGCGUUUCUUGCUAAGAAAAAUGGCAAACCCUCUAACGCAGAUAAUAUGGGACUUGGCUGAGUCAAUUCUGUCGAAACCUUCUGAACAGCGCGAUGACGCCGAUCUCGAACAUAUUAUUUGCUGGUUCAGGCAACGAAGCCCUCUCUUCAAACUCCUUGAGGACGAUGCACUACUGGAUAUAAUAAAAAAUGUGACUCUGACGAGAUAUCGAAAAGACAAUAUUAUCAUGAGACAGGGCGAGAAAGGCAACUGCUUUUACAUCAUACUCAAAGGUAGUGUAUCUGUGUAUGCCAAACAGGAUGGUGACGGAGAGGCCGCCACCCAUCACGAACAAAGCGUGCGCAGCCAUAAGGAACGGCUCUUGCUGUUUGGAGCAGAGCUUUCUUCUUUGCGCGCAGGGCGCAGCUUCGGCGAGAUGGUGAUGGUCGAUGAGAGGAAAGAGCGCAAUGCAACAGUCAUCGCAGAUGAGGCCACUAUGCUUAUCAGUAUAGACGAGAAGCUUUAUGAGCGCUCCCUUUACUAUUACAGCCGCGAAUGGAAAAGAAAGGUCGAAUUUGUUAAGACCUCGCCAAUAUUUGCAUCGUGGCCUUCUACAAUGAAAACAAUGCUUGUAGAAAACUUAAAAGCGCAUCGAGUGAACUUUGAGGCGAUGGUGGUUCGCCAGAACGAACCAUGUGGGAGUGUGUAUUUCAUUGCCGAUGGCCUCGCAAGAGUCACCCUACAGCCAAGUAUUGCCUCCAACCAGUUCCAUGCUUGGAAAAAGGCACCAGCGAGAAAGCAACAUGGUAUACAAGUAGAGGAUCACAAUUCAAAGGAUGACGACGAAGACGUCGCCAAGAUGUUGACCGUGAUACAGAAACGUCGCAAGCGUCAGUUGCUAGGUUACGCAGCGAUGGAGAGGCGCCUGCGUGCACGAACCGUUUGCGUGGCUGUGAUUGGUCAAAAUGACAUCAUUGGGGGUAUUGAGAUGAUCUUGGAUCUGCCCGCGUACUGUGCAAGCGUCGAGUGCUUGGAGUCCCUUGAAUGCUACGAGCUGGACAAGGCCAGCUUCCAUCGUCUGGCCGUGAAGCGUAACCCUGAAACGCUAAAGAUGAUAGGCAAAGUUGCACUUACAAAACUGAAAAUGCGCGCGGAUCGACUAUCAAUGAUACCACUUUAUCAAUUCUUGGUAGAAAAGGCUAAAACCGUGACAUUGGAGACUAACAAGACAAAGCACCACGGGAAAAAGCGUAAGUUGGCAUUAGCUUCUGUUGGUAGAACCGUGACAUCCCUUGGCAUUGUAAAAUCCAACACUGUAAAUAAAGGCAAGCUGCUCGAGAGGUUGACCCUCGGGUCGCCAGCUACAGGUGGUCGCACGAGUGAGAGUGUUCCUGCAAGACCAUCUACCGCACCUUCUACCGGCGGCGGCGAGGAUGGCAAAAAAGGCGACUCGAAACGGCGCAACAAAAAGGAUAACAAGAAACAAUACACAGCAGAAGAAUUCCGCGCAUUGAAGAAGAAAGUUCAGUCUACUGGUAAAAUGAUUGGUCGAGUAUCUGAUUAGAAAAAUAUGAGAAGGACGACGUCUGUCAAAUCAAUGGAUUUAUUAAAAUACAGUUUGUUAGAAGUUGAUUUAUACAGUAUUAUCUUCACAAAUAAACACAAUUAUAAUAACUGAAUGAUAUUAAUUAAGAAAACAGAAAAAUAAAGUUCUAAUUUCUUAUUAUA